GCAGCUGUGUUGAUUUCACUGAUCCACGCUGUGGAUUAAAUAUAUUUCAGAAACCGCACAGAUCUGAUCCGAUCUGCAGCAGCGUGCAGCAGCGGGAGCGUGGAUGGGGGGAAACGGCCCGAGUCACUUCUCCCACGAGGAGGCAGGAGGCGGAGUGACUUUUGUGAAGGGCAUCCGGCUGUCGGAUAAAGUCAUAAACCGGAUGAGACAGUCCUCGAAGGUCGUCACUCCUCCUCCAGCUUCACCUGAGACACGAACAACCACUCCACUUCCUCCCCCAACUGUCGAACACUUACUACCUCUUCUGACUCCUCCUCCUCCGUUCAUCGCACCUCCCCCUCAGGAAGCUCCUUCCACACCUCCACCAGUGGAGCCUGCUCCUCCUGUAAAACUCCUCCCUCCUCCUCCUGUAAAGUUUCACUCCCUACCUCCGUCUUCUGUGGAGCCUGCAGCACCGCCUCCACCUGCAGAGCCAAAAACUGCUCCACCACCACCUCCUCCUCAAGAAGCCCCAUCAGUGGAGCCUCCUCCUCCUGUUGUGUUUCACUCCUUUCCUCCUACCUCUGUGGAGCCUGAAGCCCCGCCAAAAACUCCACCUGUUACCGACCCUGUUGUCUCAGCUCCUCCUCCACAAGUAGAAGCACCUCCUCCUCCGCCUGCUGUGGUGGAGCCAAUAGUCCUCCCUCCUGCUGGAUCCUUUAUCCAUGUAGAACCAGAAAUCACAUCUACACCGCCAGUACCAGAAGCAGUUGUCCUUCCUCCACCUGUGGAAACAGCUGUAGUUCCACCCGAACCUUUGGCUCCUCCUUUGCCUGCCGAAACGCCUCCUGCUUUGAUUGAACCUGCAGCUGUAGCUCCCUCUGCUGAACCUCUGGAAUCUGUUGUCCUGCUUUCAACACCAGUGGAGACACUUCAGCCUCCACCCGCUGCUGAAUAUACACCAGUUGAUGUAGUAGUGCCUUCAGCUGUCGUUUCACCACCUCCAUGUGAACUGGUCCCACCUCCACCUGCUCCUGAGCCAGUUGCAGCACCUCCACCUCCUCCAGAGCCGGUUGUAGUACCUCCACCUCCUCCAGAGCCGGUUGCAGCACCUCCACCUCCUCCAGAGCCGGUUAUAGUACCUCCACCUCCUCCAGAGCCGGUUGCAGCACCUCCACCUCCUCCUGUGCUGGUUACAGCACCUCCGACUCCUCCAGAGCCGGUUGCAGCACCCUCACCUCCUCCAGAGCCGGUUGUAGUACCUCCACCUCCUCCAGAGCCGAUUGUUGUACCUCCACCUCCUCCAGAGCCAGUUGCUGCACCUCCACCUCCUCCUGAGCUCACUUUUGAAGAGCCCUCCCCGCCCUGUCACUGUGUGGAGCUCGCCGUGGUUCCCACCGCUGCACCUGUGAGAGAUGAACCCUUCGUCGAGCCUGUGGCACCGCCUCCACCUGCUCCAGCGCCACCUGCCGAGGAGCCCACCUUGACCCCAUCUCUGCCUCCUGUCACUGAGGAUGAAGUACCUGUUGUUGCCUCUGCUCCACCUCCCGCAGCAGCCCCGUCUGUUUCUGCUGAAGUGACGGAGGAGGAGUUGCGGCAGAAGAUCAAAGCAGAGAUGCAGAUGAGUCUGGAGGAGGAGAUCAACCAGAGGAGGCAGGAGCUGCAGCGACAGCUGGAGGAGAUGAGGGUUCAGGCGCAGGCCGAUGCUCAGGCGGCCGCUCAGGCUCAGGUGGAAGAGCAGGUGAAGAAGACGCUGGAUACGGAGAGGGCGGCGUACAUGGAGAGCCUAACGGAGGCCAUCAUGAAGGAGCGAGUAAAGACAGACGACCAGAGGCUGAUGGUGCAGCUUUAUCGGAUGGAGCUGAAGGCUCAUCAGCUGGAGGAGAGGGAGAAAGAGCUGAAGAAACGAGACGCUCUCUACAAGGAACAUGUCGCAAAACUUGAAGCAAAGUGCACUGAGUUUUACAAAGUGUCUGCUGAGAGUUUCCAGAAGGGCAAAGAAGAGACUCACAAACGUUUUGCGCGUUUCGAUAUCCAGCCCGUGUGCGGUGACCUGCAGGGUCAGAUUUUAAAGUGUUACAGGGAGAACACAGGAAAGACUCUGUCCUGCUCCAGUAUCGCCUCAGCCUACAUGCAGUGUGUGGACAACGCCAAGAAGAAUAAAUUGAGCACUGGGGGUUAAUGUCUGAAUACUCAAUGAAGACAUCGAGACCUGACAGCUUCACUGCUGCAGCGGAGAAAAGUUAACGGACAGAAAUCAACAGACAAGUUACAGGAGAAUCAUCUCCAGCCUUUAUUUUACCUCCACAGCGACUUGUCAUCUGCUCUGGGGGUAAUGUCAUGUUUGCAGCAGAUCUGGUUCUUGGGAUCAUCUUGAAGCCAUUUGUGCCACAACAAUAACAGAUGGAUCAAAUCAUCUGAAGUGCUUUUCUUUUUGGAAAUGGGGAGAAACACAACACAGGAACACAAGUUGAACUUGUGAAUUCAAGUGUUUGUAUGACAUAUAUACUGAACGAGAUGCUGAUAAAUCAUGUGUGUGCGUGCCUUGAAGUUAUGAAAGCUAAUUAUGAGAUUGCAGAUGCAUGAGAGAACUGUUUAAUGACCUGUUGGUGUGUCAGGGUGAUUGUACUGUACAGAGAUUAUUUCAGGGUUUGUUUUCUGGUGCAUGUACACAAAAUAAAAUCAGUCACAAUAAACUUUAUUGUGGAAUCACUCAA